AUGGUUGCUUCGGAAGCGCCCCAAAUCUAUGGGUCCUGGUCCCCCAUGUAUAGCCAAGAGGGGCUGAAGGAACUCAAGAGCUGUUCCGUUGAGACAGUUUCUACAUUCCAGAGACCCCAGAACCACUACCCACCUCUGAGAUUUGGCACUGUCCCCAAUGGGAGUACCGAGAAAAAUAUUCGAAACAACUAUGGGGAGAUGCAUGAAUAUAUGGGGAAGUACAACCAGCGCAGCGUGGAAGACGCCCUCCAUAACCUGAAGACAGGGAAGCUGGAUGCCUUCAUUUGCGGCGGUAUAAUGGCAACUUUACAUGGUAGCGCCAAGGAGAGAAGGGCUGCAGAGCUAGUCACCAUUUGGGCCGGGAAAGUCUUUGCCACCACCGGCUACGGGAUUGCACUGCAAAAGGGGUCCAAGUGGAAGCGGCCCAUCGACUUGGCCCUCCUCCAGUUUCUGAGUGACGACGAGAUCGAGCUGCUGGAGCGCUUGUGGCUCUCGGGGAUCUGCCACAACGACAAAAUCGAGGUGAUGAGCAGCAAGCUGGACAUCGACAACAUGGCCGGCGUCUUCUACAUGCUCCUCGUGGCCAUGGGACUGAGCCUGCUGGUCUUCAGGCCUGGAGACACACCUCAUCUGCACUGGAAGCUCUUGACACUGCAUAGAGCGCACAGGCUGGACUUCCCUCCUGGCCUUCAAGCAGAAGGCGAAAUAUUGCCAGUGCUGUCCCGGAGCAGCGGUUCCCAAAAAAGACUGGUGGGCAUGUAUAGCUGUUGCAGUAGCGAAGACCCCAAAGUCCUAGACCAGCAGCAGCUGCCCAUCCUCAACCAUAGCUACGGCCCAUCACGGGUUGGAGCCCCAGCGCUGCCCAGCCCCCCGGGACCGCCCCUUCCCUGUUCCAGCUUCCUGCCUCGAGAACGCCGCAUCGUGGAAAGGUGGCGCCAUGCUCGCAGCCCGAAUUGUUACAAGGACCUGUACCCCCCAACGCCUGCAGAGCUCCCCACGACGAAACCUCCGCGCCACAGCCUCAAGAGCCCUUUCUCCGACGGUUUCCACCGCUUCUAUGGCCCCAUUGAACCCGAAGGGCUCUCCGACCAUGUUGGUGGCAAAAAGAUGGCGCCCUGUCAGCUCUCCCCACCGCCGCCGACCCGGGGCAUGGAAAAGCCUCCCUCUUAUUUUGCCAUCGUACGCGAAAAAGAGACUCCCGACCUGCCCCCCGUAACAUCUGGUUGGCAACGCAAAUCGCUUCGCGGGUUGUACGAAAGUUUCCAAGCCGGGAAAGCGGCAGGCCGGCCCCCGGAGGUGAAGAAGUACGAUGGGCCGUCGAGCAGCUACACCGCCAAAAGCCCGUGUGAACUGGAACGGGGCAGCACCCGGCCUUUCGGCAAGGAGCGGGGUCGGUACGGCUAUACCCGACUGUCCUACGAAGACGAACGCUCCCCGCCCAUCUCCCGUUACCGGCACACUGAAGAGACGUCUCUGCCACGAACCGAGCCAGAUGUCAAAUGCUCGACCUCGUCGAGCCGCGAAAGGGGCUCCCGUGCCCACAUAUGCCGCAGCCAUUCCCACCCGCUCGCUGUAGGUGCCAGUUUGCGCAGCCAGAGUCAUUACAUGGACUUUUCUGACUCGGAUUCUGACAUCUGCGAGCGAGACAGCGACAGCCAUAGCUACUGGUACCAGUCGCCGGAUUAUUUCUGUACCUACCCGUCUCGGGAGAGACAGCUGUUUGCCACACACAAGCCCCUGCACUACUGGUCAGCCGAUAAGUUGGCAAAAUGCCACGGGUGCCACGGUCCCUGCCAGCACUGCCUGAGCUUGGAAAUGCUCCCGCCGCCCACCCCGCCGUGCCGCAAGGAGGCUUUGCGCUACUUGAGCUGUUCUGAAGAGCGUCUGGAACGGCGGCUGGACUGGGAGCACCGCCACUGCAGCGUGUAUGGUUGCCUAGCUCCUCGGCACCGCCAUGGCUUCCACCGACGCUGCCACCACCAUUCCUGCGACCUGGGGCCGGCUGGAGGAGUCCUUCAUCCCACCUCCCGCAGCCUGGAGGACCUCAGCUCCUGCCACAUGAUGCGCUGCGGAACCUCCCAUCGGCACUCGGGGGCCUUUUCCCCCGAUUGGCUGCCGCGCCGGGUGAGCCGAAGCGGGGAGCUUUUCGCUCGGCGUGGGUCUGCCCAUUUCUCCAGCCUGGAGUCGGAGGUAUGACCAGCGACAGGUGGGGUGGGACUGGGGUGGGGGUGGGGAAAGAGGCUUCGGAUGGGACCGCGGAGAAAAGACUGAACUGUAGUUCAGCCCACCGAGUGGGGACUGAGACGGUGGAGGUGGCGCUGUUGCCCGAAUCAGGGUGCGGAGGUGAUGCCACGAAGAUGACCACGGAGAGGGGGAAGCAGAACAGUGCCAUAAAUGAACCCACCAAGGGCAAGCCACAGAGGCCACCAAGAAGACACGACAUAGUGUCACGCCUCCCUGACACAGGAAAGGGAACAUUUUAAACCAAAAGAGUUAAACCUUACAGCGGCGACUGGAAUCACAACUAAUCCCAUAGAGCCGAACAGAAAGGGGAGCGGACAGGGUUUUUCAGAGGGGGGGCGCGACACCAUGCGACUGCUAUCCCAAGUGCCACCAGAGUAGCUCCCUGUGACAAAACGCCCCAUCCCUUCCACCAGCCGAUUUACAGCAGGAGGCAGGAGGGAGCUGUCCCCUCCUGUCCAUCCAGGACAGACCUUUUAUAUCCAUAAAAAGGGCUUUCCUGCCACCCUGUGGCACAUCGAUGGGGUGGGUUCCUGUGGCCAGUGGCAGUUGGCUACUGCAACAGCAGGGCUGUUCCUCUCCCAAUAAGAGAGGGCCACUGAAAUACUAACCAGUCGCAAAAUAUCCAGGACUCUGUGUCCCCCCCCCCCCCCCCCCCCGUGCAGAAUGCCAGCAGAGGAGAAGAAGUGCCAUUGGUCGGUCGUGCUCCGAGGGGGAGGGGGAGGAAAAAAAAACCAUACAACUGUUUGAACUUCUGGGUGGGCGGGGAUGUUAGGAGACAAAACUGUGACUACGUUCAACAGAAAACUGUGAUAUUUUUUCCUGCACAUUCUCCGCUUCCUCUUCUCCCUCCUUUCUUUUCUCGGCUCUUCUCACCUAUGUUCCUUCUUUCUCGUUUUCCUCUGCUUUAAUCUUGCAGUCAUGCUCCACCCGCCCGCCCCCAUAAUGACCGCAAACACACCUCAUGGUCUUACAAACUCACAAACACAAACUCUUAUACUUGGGCAUCAGGCUGGGUGAAAAACGACACAAACGAAUCGAGAGCGCAACAGAACACAUUUGUGGGAAACUCUGCACCGUGUAUUUUUUGGUGCACUGCAGUUUUACCAGUGCAAGAAAGUAAAGAAGACGUAAGACUUUUCUUUAGAUCAAGGGACGUCCACAUUUCAACCUAAACAAAAUUAAGCCGGUAGAAAAUUAAAGCCUCGUUAAAUGUAUAAAAUGCUGUAUAUUAUAAGUGGGAUUCUCGUAUGCUGUCUUAAAUCUGGUCUCUCUGAACCGUUUGGCGUGGCUGCCAAAGUGGAAACAGAGCGAGCAUGGACUGGUACAUUUCUCCACACCUCCCAUGCGAAUGAAGAAUCAGGUCCUUCCCAUAUUGUGGAAACAUGAAGGACAGCCUAUAUGUUGCAGUUUCUGACAAGCUGGGCCAGGGUUCUGACCCAAAGCAGCUUAAAAAUGCAAAAACAGAACCAAAGCCCAAACAGGCUCUGAAUGGGGGGGGGGGAGGUCAUGCCCCCUCCAGCCCUCCAAAUUUAGAAUCACGGGCCCCUUCCGCACAUGCCGCAGAACACACUUUCAAUCCGCUUUCACAAUUGUUUGCAAGUGGAUUCGGCUAUUCUGCAUAGCUGCAAAAUGCACUGAAAGUGGAUUGAAAGUGCAUUAUUCGGCAUGUGCAGAAGGGGCCACUCAGUUGGAUUCCUGCAAGAAAAUGAUGCGGGGGAUGGGGGGCUGUUCGAUACGGCGUAGUCUUCAGUACGACUGCUGUUCGAUACGGUGUUUUACUGUUCGAUACGGCGUAGUCUUGAGUACAUGGAGCAACAGGCCCUCCUCCCCUCCCACCUUGCAUAUGGUUUUCAACUGGGAAAACAGCCUGGCCGAGGGGAAGGGGCCCUUUUUCCCCUUGUGGUGCCUUCUGAAUUUGUUUGAGAUCUUCCUUUUUUAAAAAAGAAAGAAAGUUCUCUACAGCUGCUGCAUGGCUAUGGGUCGCAUAAACUGGGUCCAGGGAAGCUGGGCCCGACUUGUUAAAAGCUGGAGCUAAUAGUUUGGCCCUGAUGAACGUGUCUCCGACGCAUGUACGUUUCACACAUCUUCUCACGGAAGAAAUGUGCUCGUUCAUCCCAGCGGAGUGGAAACCUACCCUCAAAACCAGCCCACGCCCAAAGUCUUACAUCACACAUGAGCAUGGCUUGCUCUUGGAAUGUGGUUGUGGCAGUCUCCGUGUGAGGAGCCCAGCGGAUCUUGUUCAGACUAACAGAGUUUGCAGGUUUCAAGUAAGCCUGUCGCUCUUUGACCCAGCUCGUGACUGAUCUGUACAGUUCGCUGACACGGGGGGACGCCUCUCGUCAGCGAUCCUUUUUUCCUCUAAAGAAAAACCUACGAAAAGUAGCAAUAUCAACAGCAAGCAGGUAGCAAGGUAACAUACGAGAGAGACGCUCAGAGCUGGAACCGAAGAGGUCGCAACGAACUGAGUGUUCUGUUUGCACCUGUGAGGCUGGCGUUUUUCCUAAACAGCUGCUACGUGGCUGCGGGCCAGGGAGGCCAGACCCGACUCGUUAAAAACGGUAACCUAGAUAGUAAAGGCCCCAGACAGUUAGAUGGGUUAACUCAAGUCUUGGCAGCGAACUACCCUGUUUCCCCGAAUAUAGGACAUCCCCUAAAAAUAAGACAUAGUAGAGGUUUUGCUGAAGUGCGAAAUAUAAGGCAUCCCCCGAAAGUAAGACAUAGCAAAGUUUUUGUUUGGAAG